AUGCCUCCAAUUGCCAUUAUUGGCGCUGGACCAUGUGGCCUCACACUGGCCCGGCUUCUCGAGCGUCAAAGAGUGGACUACGUAGUCUACGAGCGAGAUGAGAGCGCCGCAUCAGCCAACGCCGGUGGCUCGUUGGAUAUUCACGAAGGGACAGGCCAAGCGGCGCUUCGAAAGGCUGGUCUCUGGGAUGCGUUCCGCAAAGAAGCAAGAUGGGAAGACGACAGGUUCGCAGUAUACGACAAGUUUGGGAAGCAGCAUCUCGACAUUAAGAGCAAUGGCGGCGUUGACGAGGCUGGCAGGCCCGAAAUUGAUCGCAAAGCACUUCGACAAAUUCUCCUGGACUCUGUACCGCGCGAGAAGAUCCAGUGGGGAAGCACACUGAAGGCUGUCAAGAUGCAUCAGGCUGGCUCGCCGUCCCUUGAGUUCACUUCUGGCACGACUGCGGAAGGAUUCAAGCUUGUGGUUGGGACCGACGGUGCUUGGAGCAGAGUUCGCUCACUGAUCACACAAGUGAAGCCUCGGUACUCUGGCAGAACAUACGUGGAAGCCCAGAUUACGGAAGAAAACCCGCUAUUCAAGUCAGUCCUGGACAAAUAUGGACACGGAACGGCCACUAUACUGGCAGGAGCCAACCAAAUGGUCAUACAGCGUCAGGGCAACGGCUGGUACAGGGUGUACUUCGGGAUUGAGGCUCCCGAGCAUUUCGUUGGCAGAGAGACCGACCCAGCAAGCAUCGAUGCGUUGCGACAGGCGUUGCUAUCCGACUUCUACAGCGAUUGGACCGAAGAGGCAAAAGACUACAUACGAUAUGCCGAGCAUUUCCGCAGCUGGCCGUUAUAUCAACUCCCCCUUGAGAGCCAGAAUUGGACGAACGUGCCAGGCUUGGCUCUGGCUGGGGAUGCAGCCCACUUGGCACUACCCAACGGCGAAGGCGUCAACUGUGCCAUGUGGGAUGCAAUGGAGCUGGCUAAGAGUAUAGAAACCCACGGCCUCGACAACUUGGACGGCGCGGUUCAGGAAUAUGAGAAGGACCUCUUGGUGCGAGGCAAAGCACACAUCGAAGAUGGCAUACAGCUCGGACAAUUGAUGACCCAUGAGAGUGGCCCAGCUGCAAUUGUCAAGGCUUUCCAAUAG